CAGUUGGAAUUUUGUCUAAAAACAACGCAUGCGUACUUUACCUAAAUAUGUAAACAAAUUUUUAAAAAAUUGUUGUCUUAAAUCAGUUCAAGAACAUAAUUUUUUCAAAAAAACCUUGCUAUGGCUAUGGAUGGGUAUGAGUUUCGAGAAGAAAAGUCGAAUAGAGCCAGUUUUUCUCCUAGUGAUAACCAUUUCUCUUCUCUCAGGAGCAUUGACGACGAAGGUCUUUCAGAGUCAGAAAUAUUUUCACUUUCCUCUAGACCUGAUAUUCUUCGUGAUAUAAUGAAAUCUUUUUUGAAAUUGAAACAAAAUGAUUGUCUCUGUGAUGUAGUUCUAGUUGCAGAGGACAAUGAAAUUAAAGCUCAUAAAAUAGUUUUAGCCGCUACAACACCUUAUUUUAGUGCCAUGUUUACAAACAAAAUGAUUGAAAGUUCCUCACCUAAGAUAUACAUUCAUGGUGUUGACAGUAAAUCACUUCAAGCUCUUGUUGAUUUUAUAUAUGGAGAAAAUCUUUAUGUGCGAAUUGAUAACGUCCAUAACUUGUUAUCUGCUGCAUCUUUAAUGCAAAUUAACUGUGUUAAAGAUGCUUGUAUAAAUUAUUUGAUGAAAAAGUUGCAUCCAGAAAACUGUUUAACAGUACGAAAUUUAGCCGACGCUUUUUUAUGUGAAAAACUUUUAAAAGCAGCAAAUUCUUUCCUUGAAAAAAAUUUUGUAGAAGUAUCACAGUCUGACGAAUUUAUGCAAAUUAAUAUUGAUAAUUUAAUAGAAAUAAUUAAAAAAGAUGACCUAAACGUUCGUUCUGAGGAACAAAUAUUUGAAGCAGUAGUGUCAUGGGUAAAGGUAGACAUUGCAAAACGAGAAGAAUAUUUACCAAGGUUGCUUGCCCAUGUGCGGCUUCCUUUAUUAUCACCUCAGUAUUUAAGUGACAGGGUUUUAACAGAAGAAAUUAUUCAUAACAAUAUAUAUUGCAGAGAUUUGAUAGAUGAAGCUAAAGAUUACAAGUUAAUGCCUGAGCGUAGAAAGGAGUUAAAUAGUGAAAGAACUCUUCCACGAAGAUGCAAUGAAUCAUGUGGAAUGAUUUAUGUUGUAGGUGGAUUAACAUCAUCAGGAGAGUCAUUAUCAAUUGUAGAAAAAUAUGAUUCAGUUUCUGGAAAAUGGAACCAUGUUCUGCCAAUGUCUGUUCAAAGGUCAAGAGUAGGUGUUGCAAUUCAUGAUGGAAAACUUUAUGCAAUUGGUGGUUUCGAUGGAACUGUAAGAUUAAAUGACGUUGAAAGAUAUGAUCCCGCACUUGGAUGCUGGAAAAAGGUAUGUCCUAUGAACAUCCGUCGAAGCGCAGUUGGAGCAGCAGUAUUAGGCAACAAAAUUUUUGUAGUAGGUGGAUAUGACGGAAACUCAUCUUUAAAUAGUGUAGAAUGUUAUGAUGCAGAAUUGAAUCAAUGGAGAUUUGUUGCUUCAAUGUCGACACUGAGAAGUGCUGCUGGCGUAAGCACCUUGAAUGGUAAACUGUAUUGUGCUGGUGGACACGAUGGUUUAACCAUUUUUGCUAGCGGUGAAAUGUAUGAUAGCACACUGCGGCAGUGGCGUGCUAUAGCACCAAUGACUACAAGGCGGUGUCGCCUUGGCUUAACAGUUUUAAACGGCCGAGUGUAUGCUUGUGGUGGUUAUGAUGGAACAUCGUUUUUAAGUUCUGUAGAGUUUUACGAUCCAUGCAACAAUCAGUGGACAAACGUUGCAUCGAUGACUCAACGUCGAAGCCGUGUUUCAACAGUUACUUUAGGCGGAAAAAUUUUUGCAAUCGGGGGUUAUAAUGGGGCAGCAAAUCUAAGUUCUAUUGAAACAUAUGAUCCAUGGACAAAUGCAUGGACUCUUACUACAGAAAUGAGCAUGCACGAUGGUGGUGUUGGUGUUGGAGUUUUGCCAAGAAUACCUUAAUGUUCUCCACAAAAAGGUUUGGCGUUAACGUUUGCUCUUGAUUUCAUUGGUUGGUUAAAUUCUUGGAGUUGGGUUUUUUCAUUGAAAUUAUACUUUUUUAGUGAUUAAAAAUACCAUUAUAAUUUUAGUUCAUAACUCAGAUAGAUUUAGUUUGAUCUGGGAAGUUUCUUCAUCGGAAUUUAUUUUGCAUAAUAUAAAUAGAUUUUUGAAAAAUCAACUUGGUAA